AUGAUCGCCCUCUCGGCGUUGCUGGUAGAGCACAAAAGAAAGGAUGAAAGCAGUACAAAUUUCUUUUCUAAUCUCUUUUUUUUUUCUUUCGUUUUUCUUCCAUCGUUUCUCUUUCAUCUUUUCCUUUCUCUCCAUGUUUCCUCUCCCUUCCUUGUCUUAUCUUUCUUCCUUUUUAGUCUUUCUUCUUUCUUAGUUACUAUUCUUUUUUUAUUUUUCACUUUUUCUUUUUCUUUCUUUUCGUUUUUCUCUUUUUCUUCCCCUACCCAAACAGCGAUAGUCUGCUCCUGCAUGAAAUACAUAAAAACCUUAGCCAUGACGAAAGCUUAUCUUUUUAUUCUUUCCUUCGUCCAAAAAAUUUCAUCCAUUUCUCCCUUUCUUGUUUUUUCUUCCAUUAUUUUUCAACAUUUAUUUUUCUCUUCCUUUUCUUCAUUUCUUUCUCAUUUGAAAUUUACUCCUCAAAGUUUUCCAGAUUUUCAUUUUUAUCCUACCAUCUUUUCUUCUCGAUUGUUUUUGUUUUGCUUUUCCAAAUCAUUUUUUUUUUUGAUUCAUUUCUUAUUUCUUUCUUAUUCUCAUUCCUCUCCUUUUUUUUUCUUUCAUUCUUCAUUUUUCCCUCCUUCUUUUCUCUUUUAUUUCCGUCCGCCCUUAUUUUCCAUCAUUUAUCCAUUUUUUCGUAGUUUGCUGACUUUCUCAUUCUUUCACUUGAACUUGUCCCCUAAACUCUUCCGCCUCCUUCUUCCAUUCAUUUCUUUCUGUGCACCUUUCCAUUUUUCGUCAUAUCUCUCUAUAUCUUCUCUUUUUCUUUUUUUUCUCUUAUUUUUCGUUUUUUCAUUUGUCCUUUUCUUCACUCUCUCCUUUUCCUCUUUCUCGUUCUUCUUAUUAGCUUUUUCUUAUACACUUUCUUUCAUUUAUUCUUUCUUUCUUCCUCUCAUGUCGGCUGGCUAUUUCCGUAUUAACAAUGUCCUUUUACGCAUAUCUCAUAUUCGCCUGACUGAUAUGUUUACCUUAUCACAUGUUACCAAACACUAG